AUGCAUCCAACGUUACGAUGCGCUCUACAAGUAGGAAAGAGCUUACGACAUGUGGUAAACGGUCAAUGGGUCACUACACACUACUUGAAAUGUCCAAGGGAAAGGGAUGUUCGUUGGGCGAGAGUCGAUAUGAAACGAGAAGUGGAAAGUUACGAUAUUGUCAUUGUGGGUGCUGGACCAGCUGGUUUAUCAUCGGCUAUUCGUUUUAAGCAAAUUUCGAAAGACAAAAAUAUUGAUAUCCGUGUUUGUGUGGUUGAGAAAGGAGCUGAAGUUGGUGCACACACUUUGUCUGGUGCAGUAAUUGAUGUUCGAGCCUUGGAUGAACUUUUUCCAAAUUGGAAAGAAAUGGAUGCUCCCGUCUAUCAGAAAGUUACUUCUCAGUCAAUGGCGAUUUUAACGAGAAAUGGUCGAUAUGCUUUACCGUUCGUGCGCGCAAGUCCACUUGACAAUACGGGAAAUUAUAUUAUCAGGUUAGGCAGCCUAGUAAAGUGGCUUGGCGAAAAAGCAGUAGAAAUGGGAGUAGAAAUUUAUCCGGGAAUAGCUGCGCAGGAAAUUCUAUUUCAUGAAGAUGAAAGUGUAAAAGGCAUUGCAACAGCUGACGUUGGAAUAAUGAAGGAUGGUGCUCCAAAAAAGAGUUUUCAACGAGGCAUGGAAUUACAAGCAAAAUGUACAAUAUUUGCUGAAGGCUGCCGUGGCCAUCUUACCAGUUUCUUAAUGGAGAAGUAUCGUUUGCAAGAAGAAUGUGUUCCAAUGACUUAUGGCCUUGGUUUCAAAGAAUUAUGGUUAAUUGAUAAAUCAAAACACAUUCCUGGUUACGUGGAACACACCAUCGGAUAUCCGCUAGAUCUUCAAAGCUCUGGUGGGUCAUUCAUGUAUCACAUUGAAGAUAAUGGACAGCCUCUUGUUUCUCUUGGCCUCAUAAUAGGCCUAGAUUACAAGAAUCCGUACAAAAAUUUAUAUCAGGAAUUCCAGUUGUUUAAGUCGCAUCCAUCCAUUCGUCAUUAUCUUGAGGGAGGCGAACGGAUUGCUUAUGGUGCUAAAACAGUAAACGAGGGGGGAUAUCAAGCUGUACCACAACUCACUGUGCCCGGUGCAUGUUUAGUUGGUUGCGCAGCAGGACUGAUGAAUCCAGCAAAGAUUAAAGGUGUUCAUAAUGCAAUGAAAAGUGGUAUGGUUGCAGCGGAAACGAUAGUCGAGGAUUUAGGCCCGCAAACACGAACAGUAAUUCCGGAAGAUUUUGAGCCGAAAUUGUAUAAAACCUAUGUAAUCAAAGAGAUGCAACAAAUGCGUAAUAUUCGUCCCUCUUUCAAUAGUUAUUUCGGAUGGAUGGUUGGCUUACCAUACACAGCAUUUUUCUAUGUGUUACUUCGUGGAAAGGAACCAUGGACUUUCAAAAAUAAAAUAGAAGAUUGGUUUCAGACAGAUUCAGCAUGGAAA